AUGACACCCCUCACUAGGAAACUCGAAGAAACGCAGGAAGAUAUCGUCCGCGUGCGUGACGAAAUGCUCGAUGCCUUGCACGCUUUCUACUCGUCGUCUUCGGCGAUUUCGAUGGGCGAAGCUGUCAGGAUUGCGGCUGCGUGGAGUGCUGAUGCUUCCCGCGCGACGCCUGUUGUCGAAGGAGACGCCACUGAAGAUUCGGUCAUACCGACAAAAGUGCGGCAGCUAAAUGCUGCGCUACUGGCUGCUAUCAACCGCUUACAGCUGGAUAACAGCAGUGACAUGGCUCCCGAAGCUCAGUUUGUAAUGUCGUGGAUGCAUCGUGAACGUCUUGAAAAGCAAGUGCAGGAGUUACGACGUAGGUUGGCUUCGAUUGAGCGACUCACGGAGAUCGACCGACGACUCCGAAGCGUUAACGAAGCGAUCGAGCACGAGUGCUUUGCUGUAGCAGCUGAAGCAAUUGUGGAAGUAGAGAAGAUGGUGCAAGAGAUUACAGAGACGGAAGAGGGAGCAGAUGGCGAGGGCAGCGACCUCAAAAUUGUCCGAGCUGCAAAGCAACAGGUGCUGAGGCAGAAAGACCGGCUGCUGGACCAGUUGACAACUUUCUUCCGCCGGAUGGUGACGUGGCACAACAGCGUACUACAUGUUACCACGGAGUUGUCGGCAAAUGGGUUGGAAACGACAACGAAGACGGUCGAGGAACGACAAAGAGACUACUGGAAAGCGUGCAAAGUACUGGGCAUCCUGGUACCGAGGUUACAGGACAUUGCGAAAGACGUCUCUUUCCAUCUGAUCAAACCAAUACUGCAGACGCCUCUGGGAAACGCGAAAAGCACACGGGAUGAUAGCAGUGCGAUGCUGGAAAUCGUGGCACCGAUUGUAAAUGACGAGGAUGCAUUGAUGAAAAGCGAGCUAGUUGAUGUACAAGAAAAGUGUGCCAGCGUUGUCAAAGUGCUUCAGUUUCUGCACGCAGAGCUUUUUGCGGGCACCACCGAGAUGAUGAGUCAGUUUGGAGACUUUAUGUGGAAGAUCCCGGGUAACCUCGAGGCCCAGCUCAUGAAUAUGCUGCAAGGUAAAAUCCCGCACGAAGUUACUGCGCUCGACGCAUACCGCGAAGGCUUGAUGACAGCUCUUGCAAGCCUGGAAACUAAUUUGGUGGCCAUUGGCUUCUCAGCUUGCAGCAAUAGCCAGCUGCGAGGUCUAGUCGACGAGCUCAACCAACUGCACGCUACGAAACGCCGACAAGUCAUCUUGAGCUCUGGGCGCGCCUUGAUGAGCCGAGCGUAUCACGAUUCAGCUGUGACCAAGGAAGGACCUGAUACAGGGAGCCUUAUUGCACCCAUGCGAUGUGAGAAGAACGACAAAGAAAGCGGAGGAAAGGGUGCCGUGUCGAGCUCGGACGCGGUGGAAAGCCGUUGUUUCCAGGCUCCUGCUUGCCGUGUAAGUAUCUGCGCUCACGAGGUAGUAGAGUUGGUGCACCAGACCCUCAAUGAGGCAUGCACUUCUGGUGAAGCGAGUGCGAAGGUGCUCUACCAGACAGCACGGGACUUGUUCUUCUUGUUCCGAACAGUUGUACCCACGCUGUACAGUGAUGCCAUUGCAAACGACCCCCAAACUUGCAUGUUGUACCACAACGACUGUAUCUAUGUCGCGUAUCACAUGCUAGUCAUUGGACAGCGCUACAACCGUCGGCUCCCAGCUUCUCUCAAUCGAACUGCGACAAUGGUGGACAUGGUCCCUGCGUUCCGAGAAGACGGGGAACGAGCAUUGUCUGCAUACACCACGCAUCGAAUCAACGAGAUCAUGUCUGCGAUGAAACAGCUACCGUCGUUUAGCACUCUCGAUUCAGAGGUUGAUGCCAAGUCCGUGGAGGACUGUCUGAAGAGCGCACUUGACAAGCUGAAGGAGAUGAGUUCUUUCUGGAGCGAAGGGUUGCCCCGAUCAGUUUACGAGAAGACCAUGUCACGUAUGCUCGAGCCGCUCGUACAGCACUUCGUCGAUGGUGUGCUCACUCAGACGACGUCCGUUUCAGACAAAGCUGGAGCUCAUCUUCACCACCUCUUGUCGCUGCUCGUAGAAACUCAAACGUUCGUUACGGCGCCGGGUCAAGCUGGAAAAUGUGUACCCAGUUUCGGAAGGCUGUCAAAGCUCCGAGCGAUGUUGAUGGAUCCGCUCGCAGCAGUUCGCGACAAAUUUGACAGCGGCUCUCUCGACGUGUUUUCUCCGAAGGAGUUGGCUAGUCUCGUGAGUUCUCUCUUCCGUGAGUCUCCUGAGCAGUAUGAGUUCGUGCAGAAGCUGCUCAUGCUUGAGACCGAGUGA